AGUAAAAGAGCAAAAGCAACAAAAACUGUGCCGAUAUCAAAGACAAUACAAUUGCGAUCCCGUUGCUCUCCCUCGGCUAUUAGAGUAUAUAAGCGAGCUCGUAUCAACGAGCUGUGUGCAUUCAGCAUUCGACAUCGAAAUCGAAACAAUCGUUGCUAGAGAAGAGCUCAAUUUUCAGUAGUAUCUCGCCUCUUGUUGGAAACGGAUCAGCAUUGCGGAACAGUGUGAAAAGAAGAGGAAGCGUAUCAAAGUGCAAGUGUAAUCUUUUUUACAGUUAUUUACAUAUGUAUUACCAUAUGUAGUAAUUGAAAAUCAUCAAGCUGACGAAGUGUUAAACAAAAUCCACUUCGAUGUCGAUAAAUUCGCCAAUAUUGUUAAAAAACUGUGACCUGCAUUGAACAGGAAAAGCGUCUACAAAUAAAGAAAAAAAAAACAAAAGAAAACCAUUGAAACAAAGAAAAUCUUAUUAAUUGCUAGCGUAAAUAGCAAAAAAAAAACAUUUACAAAUACAACAACAAAGAAAAACAUUCAAGAGCGGCAGGCAAGCAAUCAAGUUGUUUACUUUUUAGUUCACGUUACGUUAUUUUUUUAAUUUCUUUGGGUUUUCAUACAAAACAAAAACACAAAGUGCAAAACAGUUUGAGAGCAAUUGCUGGCCCCAAACUGUAAAUCGAAGUAAACCCUCAAUUUUUGUUAUUCGUGAAUUUCAACGAAACGCAAAGCAGCAAAUCGCGUGUUUGGAAUAUUCACAAGAAAAUCAAACAAAGCUAAAAAAAAACACCACACCACAGAAGCAACAUUAUUAAUUGGGCUUAGGCCAUUGUAUGGAUCAGUCUAAACUAACGACGAAAUUUGGAGACGAGCCGGAUCUCGUGUUCAACGGAGCGCAGAGCCGGAAUAGUCUGCAGAAUCUUGGUGCCUGCUCAGCGAUAGCCAUUGAGGCCGCAGCCACCACACAGGAAGCAACAUUGAGUCGAAGCAACAAGUCCAACAUUCAACUAGAAGCCACCACAAUCAAUGACUGUGAAAGUGGCUAUGUGCCCACCGUGGGCCGAUGGGGUGCCGAAUGGCCAAGCUGACUCGCCGCUGGCAACGGUGCCGGUGCCGGUCACGGCCACGAUGUGGCAGCAAUGCCAGCCGACGACGUCAACGAUGAUGAUGACGUCGGCAUUGCUGCUGGAGGAGAUGCCGCCGGCCAGCAGCAGCAGCUGGCGGAUGCGAUGCGUGGAUUGGGAUUGACUACGACGACGACAACGACAACCAGCAAGUCGAAGAACACAACUCAUGAGCAUGCUGAGAAGCCAGUCAACAGUUGCACUCAACGCGUCCCCUCAACGUCCAGGCGCACGCCCUCAACAUCCAGUGAGGAUGACGACGACGAAGAAGAUGCUGAGGACGAAGAGGAGGAGCAGCACCAGCAGCAAGAGGAGCAACAGCACUCGUGGUUGCCAAUCGCCGAUCUGACAUCGGUGGCAAACGCAUCGGAUCGUUACUCCGACAUCAUCCAGCUGCUCAGCAGGCAGAAGACCAGCCGCACCUCCCUCGAUCUUGGCAGCAGCAAUUGGGCCAUGGCCGAUGGCUACGAUCUGAGCGCCUACAAUCAGAUCAAUGGCGUCUGGCCGUUGGGUCAUCCGCUGCCGUUGCCCGACUGGGACAGCGCCGUGGAGCCGGCCAAGGAUGUGCUCAUCUUUGAGAAUGUGUGGCAAUAUGAGGAGCUAAACGGCAUUGUGGAGACAGCACUACAGCGGAUGCUCGAGGAGACGCACUAUAAUACGGUGAAUCUGUUCGUGGAUUUCUAUCGCAGCUUCAAGCGCACCCGUCGCUCCGAUCUGCGCAGCUUCUUCCAGUUCUACGAUGUGCCCAUCAAUCGACGCCAUCACAUGUGCGUCUCCCUCGCCUUUGAGAUCAUAGCGCGCUUGGUGCAAAUGUUUCCACAGCUGGGCAACUAUUUGUAUGUGGUGUCCUGCGAGGAGCAGGUGGGCGAUUGCAACGACUAUGUGCUCAUGGAUGAGGAGUAUGGCAUGAAAACCGCCGAUGCGGGCGUCGAAAAGGAGCACGUGAUGGUCGCCAUGCGUUUCGCCAUCGGUGAACGGCGCGGUGUCAUGAUACUUGAUCCCGGCUAUCAUGUCGGACGUGCCGUCACCGUCAUGAACGAUCAGAGCUAUCCACACACAGGCUGGUUCAAUCAAUCGAUGGAGCCACAUUUGCAGCGUGACUACUGCUACAGUUUUAGCCAGCAGAGCGACAAGUUCGUCGAGUGGAAGGAGCGCGAAAUACGUGGAGAUGAGGCCAGCUUCAAGACAUCCUUAAUUUAUAUUGUGCAGGAAUAUAUGACGGCUGUCGAUGUGACUGUGCGCCGUAAUCUGGUGUACAAUUUCCGAUCGUUGCUGUCGCGCGAUGCCAAGGGACGCGUCUACGCCGGCCUCUAUUUCCCGCUGGUGUCCAAUGUGCAGGAGGCGCAUCUGACGCUCUUCUAUGACGGGCCCAACGAGCAGCGUGUGAAGGCCAAGCUAAUGUUUAGCGUCUUCAAGGUGGCAAAGGGCAAGCAAUUGCCGGACUAUGUGUUGCAGCAUCUGGUGAAGUUGGCGCCACAGAUGAACAUGUCGCAGCUGGAGCUGACGGAGCUGUGCAAAUCGCUGUGUGAAGUUGUCUCCGAUCAGAAUUUCAUCGGUCAGGUGUUGGCCAUCAAUGAUGACAUCAACGUCAUGUCCAUGGAGAAUUGACAGUUAAAGCAGCCUAAGAAUGCCGCUGCAGCAACGCCGCCAACCACCAACAAGGACAACAGCAAGGAGCAAUCUAACGAAGCAGCUGCACCUUAGACAUUUGAAAGUUAAAAAUGAAUAACAAAAUAACUUUAAACAAAUUUACAACACACACUUUUCCCUUUCCAAAACAAAAAUGAAUUAUUAAUUUGUAUAGCAACUAGAUACAUGCACUCACAACAAAUAUAUUUCAAUUUAGUAAUAUAACCUACUCAUAUUAAACAACAAAUUCUAUAUACAAACAUUAUAUAAACACAACAAAACAAAUACACUUAUACACAAAAUACACUUAUAAAUCCCUCGUAUAAUUUCGUAACUUAAUUCAAAGAGUUUGUACGAGCAAUAUAUAUUUAGAUCUUCAUUUGUGCUUGGCUCUCAUUUCGAUUUCUUCAACUUAUAAUAAUCAAUUUAAACUAUGCAAGAACAACAUUAGUUGAUAUAAUUAUUUUAUUAUAUGCACCGUACAAUUUCUUUUGUUUACUUAAUAAAUGCAAAAUCAGCUAGCUUAAAAA